CAAUACCUCAGAGCGCCUCGGCCAAGAGCUGGGUCCCCUUCGCCUCAGACGCUCGGGCUGGGGUCCACGGAACUGAAGCUCCCAGACACCUCGAAUCAGUUCAGCUACUUAGUGCUCCCGGAGUCAAGGGUCCCAAAGUCGGCGGGCUUGGCGAGUUCGCCACGACCUCGGCAGGGCCUUGGUCUUAGCCUCUCGAGGUCUGGCAUGGAGGCCAGGGUGAUCCUGGAGCCCGCGGGCCGCAGCCUCUGCGACCAGCCGCUGCGCAUCGCAGUGCGCGGCCUGGCCCCCGAGCAGCCCGUCACAAUGCGCGCGUCCCUGCGCGACGAGAAGGGCGCGCUCUUCCGGGCCCACGCACGCUACUGCGCCGACGCCGCCGGCCAGCUGGACCUGGAGCGCGCGCCCGCUCUGGGCGGCAGCUUCGUGGGUCUCGAGGCCAUGGGGCUGCUCUGGGCCAUGCAACCUGACAGGCCUUUUGGUCGCCUGAUCAAGCGGGACGUGCAGACGCCCUUCGUCGUGGAGCUGGAGGUGCUGGACGGACACGAGCCCGAGCCCGACCUUGGGAAGCUGCUGGCCAGCGCGGUGCACGAGCGACACUUCCUGGCGCCCGGGGUGCAGCGCGUGCCUGUGCGGGAGGGUCGGGUGCGGGCCACGCUCUUCCUGCCUCCAGGCAAGGGCCGCUUCCCUGGGAUCAUCGACCUAUUUGGAAGCAGUGGUGGCCUUUGUGAAUACAGAGCCAGCCUCCUGGCUGGACAUGGUUUUGCUGUGCUUGCUCUGGCUUACUUCAGAUUUGAGGACCUUCCAGAAUAUUUGAGUGAGUUGCGCUUGGAGUACUUUGAAGAAGCAGUAGGCUUUAUGCUUCAGCACCCAAAGGUGAAAGGUCUUACUAUUGGGCUUCUUGGUUUCUCCAAAGGAGGUGACCUGUGUCUCUCGAUGGCAUCUUUCUUGAAAGGUAUCACAGCCACUGUACUUAUCAACUCCUGUGUGGCCAACACAAUAGUUCCUCUUCAUUACAAGGAUAUGAUUAUUCCUGAUCUCCACAAUGACCUACAGAAACAAAAAACCACUGAAUCAGGCCUUUUGAAUAUGGUGGAUAUUUGGAGCAACCCACAGGAGGAACCUAAUUGCCAGAGUCUUAUUCCACUGGAAAAGGCCCAGGGACCCUUCCUGUUUAUUGUUGGCAUGGAUGAUCAUAACUGGAAAAGUAGCUUCUAUGCUAAUAUAGCCUCUGAACAGCUGCAAGCCUGUGGGAAAGAUAAACCCCAGAUAAUCUGCUAUCCAAAGACUGGUCAUUGUAUUGACCCACCUUAUUUUCCUCCUUCUAGAGUGUCUCAGCAUGCAUUAUUGGGUGAAGCGGUAUUCUAUGGAGGUGAGCCAAAGGCUCACUCGAGGGCACAGGUGGAUGCCUGGCAGCAAAUUCAAACUUUCUUCCAAAAACAUCUCAGUGGUAAAAAAUCUGUCAAGCACAGCAAAAUAUAACAUUGCAAUUAUAGAUCAAAUACCACUCAUAAAAAUCCUAAUCAUACAACUUCUGUUGGGUUUCCCAGAGCACCUAGGAAACUUUUUGUAAUAAAGCAAGCAGCUCGGCUUCCUUGGCAAGUCCUACUGGAUUUUAAUUGCAACCCUCCUUUAUUCCCUGUCCACCCUUCACUCCCCUGAACAUCACCAAUGUAUAGGUUUAACCCAGAUCUCAUCUGUAGGAACAGUUUUAACCUUAGCCAAAAGACUGCUUGCCCGACUCAGGCAAUGGCCUAGCUUCAUCUUUUGUGUCCCAAGUCUAAGGACUAAACUUCUGUAUUGUUCUGAAGUCCCAUAUUCUCUUUGAACACUAGGAGAUCUUGUCUGAGCCUUGGGAACCUGCCCAAUAGAGUCCUUAAGGAAUGGAUUCUGCCUUAUUCUUUUUUUCCCCUCAGCAGUGGGGAUUUAACCUAGGGCCUUCACAUAGAGUUGCAUUCCUGAAAGUUUACUCAUGACUUGUCCUUCUGAAGACUGGGGACAUUGUACCUGUUGAUAAACUUCCUUUAUUAUGUUCACCAUCUCUGGAUUCCCUGAUUGCCUGUCUAGAGGAAUGCGCUGAUGCCAAAAUUUUUAGGACUACAAAACCUGUAGACCAUGGCCUUCAACUUUGGAUGUCUUGUUAUACUUGCCAAAUCAAACCUCCUCCCACCCCUAUCUGCUCCUCUUCCCUUCUAACUGGAAAGCACUGAUAUCUGUCUGCUUACGCCCACCACAGUUGAACCACUAUCUAGAGUCCCGAGGUACUAGAGUAGAGGUCUUCCCUGAGCACAAGAAAUUUUUUCUGAGACUUGGGCACAUACAAAAUCUUUCACCAAAUUGGGUAUGUCAGAGUACAUGAUCAUUACAUCCUAACUAAUAAAAAAAAAAAAA